AUAUUCAAUUCAGUCAGUCUACAACACUACUUCCCGUCAAAUAUAAGUCGAGCAAGUCAUUCCUAAAAAAAAAAUAAAGGUGAACAAGCGGUUUUCAGAUUUCUUCUGGUUGUAAUCAAAUAUAUCUAAACAAUGUCGGCUCGAUACGAUAGAGCUAUUACUGUGUUUUCCCCAGAUGGCCAUUUAUUACAAGUAGAAUAUGCUCAAGAAGCUGUGCGCAAAGGAUCUACUGCGGUUGGCGUCAGAGGUGCUGAUGUAGUUGUUUUGGGAGUUGAAAAGAAGUCUGUUGCAAAGUUGCAAGAAGAAAGAACUGUCCGCAAGAUAUGCUUACUUGAUGAUCAUGUUGUGAUGGCAUUUGCCGGUUUAACGGCAGAUGCUCGUAUCCUGAUAAAUAGGGCUCAAAUCGAGUGUCAGUCCCAUAAGUUGACAGUUGAAGACCCUGUUACUUUAGAAUACAUCACAAGAUACAUUGCCAGUCUUAAACAAAAGUACACUCAAAGUAACGGUCGUCGGCCAUUUGGUAUAUCAUGUCUAAUUGGUGGCUUUGAUUAUGAUGGUUUGCCACAUUUAUUCCAAACGGAACCAUCAGGCAUUUAUUAUGAAUGGAAGGCAAAUGCUACUGGGAGAUCAGCCAAGACUGUCCGUGAAUUCCUGGAGAAAAACUACACGGCUGAAGAGGUUGCUAAUGAGAAGGGUGCUGUGAAGCUCGCCAUUCGUGCCCUCUUGGAGGUUGUCCAAUCGGGACAGAAGAACCUUGAGAUUGCAGUAAUGAGACGUGGACAACCUAUGCAAAUGCUUGAUGCAGAUACCAUCAACUCUUAUGUCUCAGUCAUUGAGAAGGAAAAGGAAGAAGAGGCAGAGAAGAAGAAGCAGAAGAAAUAAUAUUGUGUUUUAUUUACUUUAACAUGGCAUAAGAAUACAUUUUUUAAAUAAUAA